AUGAAAGCCACUACUGUGUCGAGCAAAGCCCUGGAGGUGUCUUACGCGGUAUCGCUGCUUGUGGCACAAACAAAAACUCCUCACUCAAUUGUUGAAGAACUAAUUCUCCCUGCAGCGACUCGCAUGGCUGAAAUAAUGAUAGACAAAAAAGCAGCUGAGACAUUCAAGAAAGUUCCCCUGUCAAACAACACCGUGGCCCAUCGGAUUGAUGAUAUGGCUCUUGAUAUUGCGGGACAAGUCGUGGACAAAAUAAAACGAGCCGGUCAGUUUGUUUUGCAGCUGGAUGAAAUGACAGAUGAGCAGCUGCAUCCUCUUGCUGUGGUGUUUGAGGAUGCCAAUUGGGUGGCACGUCUGGCAUAUCUCGCUGAAGUGUUUACCAAACUCAGCGAGCUCAACCUCUCACUCCAGGGCAAGGAGUCACACGUCCUGAGGAUGUAUGAGAAAGUGGAAGGGUUCACAAAAAAGCUCAAUCUGUGGCAAAGGAAAUGUGAGGAGGGUGAUGUGAGCCACUUCUCAUUACUUCAUGCACAUCUUGCCACUACUGAUGUCACCAGGGCUCCAGUGGUAAAACUGGUGGAAGAACAUCUACCCAAACUCAACUCAGACUUUAACCAAAACUUUCAGGAUAUUGAUAACAAGUCAGAAAGCCUGGAUUGGGUGAGGGACCCAUUCACCCCAAUUGAGAGCAGCAACAAGCUUCCCGCAAGGCUGCAGGAGCAGCUGCUGGAUGUGUCCUCUGAGCGGGGCCUGAAAGUUGGCACCAUGCAAAAGGACAGCCUACGUUAUGUGAUUGACAGGCCUGCAUAUACUCUGCCGGACUUUGACAAACAGUUUGACAAGAAGAACCGACAGUUUACUUUAGGAGACAAAAAAUGUCUCAGUGCAAAUUGUCAACAUUUGUCAUUGACUUUUUUCAAAGAACAAACCAGAAAAGUUGAGUUUGUUUCUGUCAGAUGCUCUGCGGUCAAACUGAAGGUGCUGUUAUUCAGACGCCUGCCAAUACUGAAGUGGCUUCCCAAGUACAAGGUGAAGGAAAAACUGCUUCGUGAUGUCAUCAGUGGGGUUAAUGGCGGGUCCAUUCUGGUCGCCCAAGGAAUGGCAUCUGCUCUUUUGGGAGAACUUCCACCUAUCAACGGUCUCUAUUCUUUCUUUCCCUUGUUCCCUUAUUUAUUCUUGGGCACAAGUCACCUGAUGGUUUUAGGUACAGUAGCCGUGUUCAGCUUGAUGGUCGGUUUGGUGUGUCUUCAGUUGGCUCCAGAGUCUGACUUCAGUUAUUUUAAUACCACUCUGAAUGCUACAAGAGUGGACACAGACAGGAUGAAUGAGGCCCGUAUGAGAAUAUCUGGAAUGCUGGCGUGCCUCACAGGAGUCAUUCAGCUCGGCCUCAGUCUUACACAGCUUGGGUUCAUCACCAUCUAUCUGUCAGAAACCUUCAUCAGGGGCUUCAUGACCACCGCUGGAAUCAGGAUAUUCAUUGGGAUGUUGAAGUUCAUUUUUGAUAUUAAGGUGCCGCCUUUUAAAGAUCCAGCAGCUGAUGUCUUUACCUUCAUUCAUAUUUUAACAUCCAUUCUUGAGACCAAUGUAGCCUCCCUACUGUUUGCUGUGGUCACUAUUGUUGUCCUGGUUCCAGUGAAGGAGCUGAGUGAACGCUACCGCCAUAAGUUGCCUUUUCCAAUUCCUGUCCACAUCGUUAUUGUGAUCGUGGCCACAGCUAUUUCAGGUUCUCUCAAUCUUCCAGAGAUUUACCAUAUGGAUGUAGUGGGAGAAGUCCCUUUGGGGAUUCAAGCACCUGUGUUGCCACAAGUGAGUAUGUGGAGCGACAUGUUGGGUCCUGCCUUCUCGUUAGCAAUAUUGGGGUACGUCAGUGUCUACACUUCAGGCAGGAUGCUGUCAGCCCUGCAUGGCUAUGAUGUGGAUCCCAACCAGGAAAUGUUGGCUCUUGGCUGCAGCAAUUUCUUUGGGUCCUUCUUCCAGAGCCAAGCAGUUAGUUGUGUCUUGUCUGUCACUUUGGCGAUAGACAGUGGCGGGGGAACAUCACAGAUUGCUAACCUGUCCGUGAUGGUGGUCAUCCUGAUUACACUGCUUUUCUUGGGAGUCUACCUGAAACCACUACCAAAAUUGGUGUUGGCAGUUAUAAUUGUCAUCGCUAUGAAGAAAUUAUUACUGCAGCUGUCUGACCCCUAUUACCUCUGGAAGAAGAACAAAUUAGACUCUUGUGUGUGGGUUAUAACAUUCCUGGCUACAUUCCUUCUUGGCAUAACAUAUGGAAUGGUGACUGGAGUCGGUUUUUCCUUGUUGGUCCUGGUUUUCAAGACCCAGUUUCGGAAUGGUUCAGUACUGGUUCAGAUCAUGGAUACAGAUAUCUACAGAAACCCCAAGAUGUACAGUCAGGGUGUUCUUGUAACAGGUGUGAAAAUCAUGACCUACUGCUCUCCACUCUACUUUGCAAAUGCAGAAUUAUUUUUCCGGAAGGUCAUCAAGAAGACUGGAUUGGACCCUGGAAAACUUAUCGUGGCCAGACAGAAACUGUUAAAGAAACAACAGAAAGACAAAGCAAAGGAAGAGAAGAAACAGGCGGCGGCAAGAAAAAAACAGAGCAAAUGCACCUCAGUGGGUCAAAUGAACACUCAGACCACAUCUCAGCUUGAGAUGCAGGAAGACGUCAAUAGGACAGACGAUGGUACCAACCAACUAUAAGCUCCCAUCAGCUACAUCAACAUGAGCUACAGUGCCUCUGAGCCAGAUGAGCAGACACCCAGUCCCCCAGCAGACACACUGGAAUCCCCACCAGUGCCCUUCCACACCCUCAUCCUGGAUCUAUCAGGGGUCUGCUUCAUAGACCUCAAGGGCAUCAAAAUGAACUCAAACUUCUCAAAGCUUGGCAUUAACCUGUACCUGGCUCACAUUCAAGAGCAUGGGCAUAAGAAAGUGGUUUGA